AUGCGCAAAAACGAAACUGUUUUUGGAUGUACCGCCGGCGUUCAGUUCAUAGUCGGCCACUUGCGGUCUAGACCGGGGAACUGGUUCACGGAUUCACGGAUUGAUACACAGGAUCGAGGCUUUUGCCCAAGUUUCCCGGACACAACUGUGGAACACAUUUUUAACGAUUUUGUUAUCUGCUUGCAAUCAGUCAUAAUAAAAUUAUGUUUUCCUAAAUUUGGUUUCAUAUUUUCGGACAGCGCAAGCGUUACGGCAACCAGGGUAUCCAGGCCUUGA